AAUGUUCCUAUUAAGGCUGUUAAUUACUUAUGCUGUGCUUUUGCCAGCUUCAUUGGAAGACAUGGCUGGCCAGCUAGUUAGCUAGCAAGCUUACUUGGGCUAGCGCUAAUGUUAGACGCUCUUCGAUUGAUUGCAAAAUUAGCUACAUUUUGGUGAGAUGGGCAUCUUUUACAGCUAAUUUCACAGUCAGAUGAUAUAUUUUGUGUUUGAAUCUGUAGUUAUGUCAUGAGUUAUGUCAUGUUAUUCACUUGGUUUUAAGUGAUGCAAUCUGGAAUCCAACAUUCCCAGAGCUAACGUUAGCUAGGCAACUGUCAAUUUGCCCAUGGUGUCAAUCUGAGAUGCAAGUACAGUCCCUAACUAAUAUAAUACUAGUAUCUAAUAUACUAAUACCAGAACCAGUAUCUGGGCAGAGGAGACGAUGAAUAUGACGAGUUCAUCAUCUCCUCUGCCCAGAUAUUGGUUCAACUAAUACCUAGCUACCAUAUAGCUAUGUUGUUUAGCUAACUAGUUAACUUCACAUAGACAUAACGUGAACGUGUUUAACUUCUGUUUCUGGCAAGCUGUUGGCUACUUGGCCAACUAGUUUUUUUCUGCCCUAUUUUAGCAGCUAACUUUAAUUAAUUUGUGCAAAUGUAGGGUAAUUCGACAAAUUGUUGAACUUGUGAACAUAAUCGUUGAGGGAUGUGCACUUCACAGUACAAUGUCAAUGCCACCAUCAGCUGUCAGAUGACAAGUGUCAUUUUUUUCUUUUUUCCCCUCGAUGAGCCACUAUUAAACAUGAAUUCCUUCCACAACUUGUGUGGAGCGACCAGAGAUCACCCAAACCGAUGAGGUUUUACUGAUCCAGUUAAGAUUGUGUUCCCUUUUCCACAUUUGACAAGCGGAAAGAAUGUCGGAAAGGGCCGAUGAUGACGUCAGGGGGGAGCAGCGCAGAGUGGCCAGGCAGCUGAAGCAGCAACAGCAGCAGAUCCAGCGGGGAGAAGGCUCCACAGCAAUGGCGACUGGUGCGGAGCGCAGAUCCAUGCCUAGUCCAGAAAUAAUGUUGGGACAGCCUUGGAGCAGCUGGGUCGAUGCUGCCAAACUCCCCGGCAACGACGGUGCCGAAUCAGAGGAAAGUUUGAAAGAGUUCGGGAAAAAUCGAGAAGCCAUGCGACUGUGCAGAGAUGACAUGCCCAUAUUUGGCCAGUGUCCAGCACAGGACGACUUCUACCUGGUGAUGUGCAGCCACUGCAGUCAGGUGGUGAAGCCCCAGGCCUUCCAAGCACACUAUGAGAGAAGACACAACUCGUCCAGUAAGCCCACCUCCACCUUAGCCCCCUCCUCAGCCUUCUCCCUGACCGCUCUGUCUCGGAGCAGGAGCAGUGGGCCGGUUGGUGGGGGUGUCAGUGGGGGCGCCAUGGGCCGCUCUUCCAGUGGGACGAGCACCUCGUCCAACUCCAAAAUCCUCAAAACAGCCAAAGAGAAGCUACCAGGCAUCCAGCAGAGACCUCACUUCCCUCCCUUCAGGGUGCUCAACGACAAGGUCCUGACCCCUGCAGUCAAAGUGGAGAAGAUGCGUCUGAAGGUGGAUUCGUCAGCCAAGCUGGUGCAGGUUCCCUCGGCCCAUUUAUCGUCCUCUUCCUCCAGCAGCACUGUGAGCUCCUCGUCACCCCUGAAGCCAGGCCUUAACUGUCCCUCCAUACCAAAGGCUCCCCUGCUUGCCCCCGGCCAGAUCCCCAACGGCAAGGGCCACCUCUCCCUCUCUGCCCUGGAAAAGAAGCAGGACAACAGCACCAGUAGCAGACAACACCUCUACAAGAGACUGUCAGAACGUGAGUUUAAUCCAGAUAUCCACUGUGGGGUCCUGGAUAUGACAGCUCGGAAGCCAUGCACACGAUCCCUAACAUGCAAGACACAUUCCCUAAGCCAGCGGAGGGCAGUGCUGGGCCGGAGGAAACGAUUCGACACACUGUUGGCAGAGCACAAAAGCAAAGCCCGGGAACGGGAACUGCAGCACCCCCACCCCCUGCAGACCACCCCUCUCAGGGAACCCCAUCCCUCCCCCUCACGGCUCGCCCCCCACCACGACGCCCACCAGGUCGCUCAUGGCAACGGAGCCACCGACGCCACCAAGCCUUUGGCGUUUGGCAAGCCCAAACCUCACAAUCUUGGUCUUCCACGGCUGAACAGCAUUAUCUCUGAUGGAGGUGGGGGUACCCCGGGAGACCCCCACCACGCUACGUCCGCUCCUGACGGGGGCUCCCGCCUGUCCAGUGACGAGGGGGAGAACGAUGAGCGGGAGGAGGGCACAGACAAACUGGACUGUCACUAUUCAGGUUACCACCCACGGCCGGCAGCUUUUUGUACCUUUGGAAGUCAACUGUUUGGGAGAAGCUGCUACUCAUUUGACCGGCGCUGGGAUCGAAUGCGAUGUGCUCUUACCGCCAUGAUGGACAAGCACGUCAACACUCAGAUGUGGAAAAAAAUCCCUUUCGCCUUGGAGAACUCCUCCUCUUCUUCUUCCUCUGCGCCGGCCCACAGGACAACCACAAACUCCUUGUCCUCAUCACACGGUAGCGCCCCUGCUUCGGGCUUCCUCAGCCUCUCCUCUGCGCCCCUUCCACCCCCCUACACUCAGUCCUACGACAGCAAGUCUGUGCUCUCGUACGGGACCACCUUAAACGCCCGUGCCUCCCCCCAGGGCGCGGCCGACCACCCUGCCUACAGUGCAGCACAGGCCAGACAAGUGUCUUCGUCGCCCCAGAUGCCUUCAGCCCACUCCUCGGUCCCCUCCCUGUCCUCAGGACGACAGCUCAAGUCCAGAUCCAGUGGCAAGUCCUUCAGACCCCGGGAGUCCUCCUCCACAGCUGCCAUAACCAACUCCACCAGCGGGGGCAGCAGUGGAGGAAGCAGCAGCAGCAGCAGCCUCAGCUCGGGGAAGAAGAGGAAGAACAGCUCCCUCCCUACAUCGUCUCACGCUACCACCUACUCCUCAGAGUCCUCUUCCUCCUCCAACACCACCUCUUCCUCCUUCAAGAAGAACUGCACAGUUCACAGUGGCAGCUCAGGGAGCACGUACCACCAUGCCUCGCUAGUCUCCUCCUCCUCCUCGUCUCACAGUGGCGUCCACAGUGUGGGACUCAACUGUGGCCCCAACGCCCGGACCAACUCCCUCAGUCUGAAGGCAGAGCCGUCGGGGCCAGCGGGAUUGUCGGGGCCCGGGGUCAGAGGCCCCCCCUCGGGCAGCCCGGCCGAGUCCAUCAAGAGGAUGAGUGUAGUGAUGAACAGCAGUGACUCCACCCUCUCCCUGGGGCCCUUUGUCCACCAGGCCCCAGAGCACCACAUCAGCUUCAGCCAUGCCCACAACGACGGCCGCCUAGAGGGGAAGAAACGCAAGGGCUCCCCCGCUGUCGGCUCCAUCAACAGUGGAGGAGGUGGUGGUUUAGGGGGCGGUGGCGGGGGGCCGGGCAGGCCCAAAGUGGCAAAGUCUCCAGCCAUCAACAACAUCCACAGCAAACAUGGACGCACAAUCCCAGGAGCCACGGGGCUCACCAACAACUCCCUCAUCCAUCAGCCAAAGGCCCGCCCCUGACAGCGAUGGCUGGGUUCUCUGUAUGGAACCGAGGGGCGGAUGAAGAGGAGGCAAUCUGUGCACUGCUCUGGACUGCACAAGGCCUUCUAAUACGUUACUCUCAGCUUCCCAAGAUCCUCAGGGUGGAGGUGAUCUGGACAGCCUAGUGACGUCACUGUUAUCGUCUAUAGUGUAACUAUUCCUCCCAAAGCCAUGUAGGAGCACCGUGUGGAGGUGGCAGGCGUUAACACCCGGAGUGGGUCACACUUGGCCCCCUGUCAGUCAGGGUACCGAGGUAGAUCUUCCUAUGGGGAAGACAGGAGAGAAAAGUAGGGAGUAGGAGCCUGUCUGCCCUUUGACCUAUUGUUGAAAUUCCAGAGGUACGGAGGAAGGGAAAAGUGCUGGCACAACAGCCAUGGCACUGCCCACCAACCAUCAUGACGCAGAGCCACUGGGAUUGACUGGAGAGCUCUCAAGCCGCAAUCUGUUGUGUGUGUGUGUGUGUGUGUGUGUGUGUGUGUGUGUGUGUGUGUGUGUGUGUGACUAGAUUCUACUGGAAAUUCAAAUGUACACCUCCACGCCUGAACUCAGAAGCCUUGGAAGGAGAGGGCAGGAUAAGGAAAAACUGUCAGUUGCAACACUUCGAACACAAUCACAUUGUUGUUUUUUUAAUGCUUCCACUACAUUUUGUCGGUUGGUUUUAAUCAGUGUGACGUGUACAUAACGUCAGGUUAUGUAUAGUAGCCAGAGAUGAACCACAUGAGGAGCAGAUUCAGUCAAUUCUAUAUGAGUUCCAUACAUGACCCAAACAAUUAUGCAAGUGUUACUUUUUUUUAUGUUUCUUAUGUUUUUCACUGAAUUUAACUACAAAAAUCUGUGUGGAGAAGAAAGUAAAUUGUGCAUGCAUAUGUGAAAAAAGGAUGCCUGAUACGACAAUUUGAUUGAACGGUUGUGAAAGAGGGACUACUUGUCUUGAGGACAAGUGUUAAUUCCUACAAUAUUUUUAUCUUACAAAUGAACGGCUACAGUAGACCUAGCCCUAACUGUGAACAGCACUAAACAAACACAGACCCACUACUUGCUUUAGGACAUUUUAAGUCGGGCUUAUUUUCCCCAAAAGCUAGCCAAAGGCAGCCAUCCGUUUCUCCCACACUAGUCUGUAACCACUACGCCAGCUUUGGCUAUUGGCUAUUAGGAUUUCCAUUCCGGUACCUUCAGUUAUGUCACAAUACAGUUGUCCAUCACACUUGUCCUUCGUCAAAGCACGGAAUCUUAAACUGGCAAUACUUCCCCCUCUGUCUCUCUGAGAUGAGAUGAUGCUCCAUUGCCCCAUCUGUCUCUGAGUUGAUGCUCCUUGGGAUCGUGUUUUCAUGGAGAUGGCUUCAGAGUAGGUUACUACUUUUUGUAACUCCUGUAAAUUUCGUAAACUCCACUGAUGUCAGGCAGCGAGCUUCGCUGAGGAGCCGACUAUUUUCUAUCUUACUUUCGCUUUUUCUUGUAUGAAUUGAACAAAUAUCGAAGUAUCCCUAUUUCAGAAUACAUAUUUUAUUAACGAAUUGUACAUAUUGAAAUAUGUAUUUUUGCACAGGCAUUUUCUUAUACAAUUUUUUGGGGUACAAUUGAGAUCAUUAUUAUUUAUUAAAUGAAAGAACAAGUUUAAGAACUUAACUUAUUUGAAGUGGUUCACUGCCAAGUCUAUAAUGCAAUAGGCCUAUAACUAGAGGUUGAAGCAUCUCAUGAAUCAUGUACUGGGAUCCUUUAAAACAGGGGUGUCAAACUCAAUAUUGCCCCAAGGGCCGCACCCAACGAGGUGAAUGUAGGUGUAUUAUCAUUUCUACACAGUUUCGGUUAGGUUUUAGUCCUUAAAACAGUGUUCCCCAAAUUCGGCCCGGGGGUGGUUUUAUUUGGCCACUCAAGCUUUUUACAUUUUAUUUUCAUUGUUGGACAUAAAAGAUAGUAAAACCACCAGGAAAUCAGCUCCAAGUGAUUUUAAUUUUGGAAAUCUGCUCCGAAGUAUUCCCAUACUGAUCCUAUACACCUGAUCCUAUACACCUGAUCCUAUACAAAUAUAAGCAUGGUUUGAAAGUAUUAUGUUUUAGGCAAACAUGAUAUGAUAUGUUUGGACUUCUUGCGGUCAAUUAGCAAUAUAUAAAUUAUUUUUAUGUAAUUAUGUUCCGGUCCCCUGACCAUCCGCUCAAGAAAAAAUCGGCCCAUGGCUGAAUCACGUCAAUGAUCCUUUGUUUUAAAGUAUAUUGAGUUUUUGUUUUACUCAAAUCACCCACAGGGUGGAUUGGACCCCCCUCAAUGUUUGACACCCCUGCCUUAAAAGGUAGUGUUGCCACGAGCAUGUGUUUGUGUGACAGACAAUACUUUGUUUUUAACUCUCCAAGGUCUCACCUGUGCUUUUGACUAUUUUCAAGUUGCCUCUGAAUCAACAAAGAAAUGAUCAUUUUAUUUGACCCAAAUAGCCUGUGAUUCUGAAAUGUCCCGCAGGCUGAAAGCUGUGCCCGUUGUCUAAGCGAUUUCCAUAGAUUCAAUAAUUUACCUUUUUAGACGAAGACCUUGUAACAUUUCAUAAUUUGAAACACUUUCCCUUAAAGCUGAAGGGACUUAAGCAAUCAUUAAAGCAAGGAAGAUGAACCCUUCAAACAGUGAAACUGCUUGCAUCAUUGUUGCCAAACAUAAUUUGAAGCACAGCGUUUUAAGGAAAUUCUUAGUUUGCAGCUUUCAGAAAUGCUGAAAUAAGAAAGUGCCUGCAUUUGUUUCACACUGACUGUUUAAGGACAGAACUUUUUUUCAUUUUUAGUUUUACCUUACUUGAAUGUUCAAAGUGUUUUAGGAGCUUGCUUUUAAAAUAUGCCUAUGAACCCUAAAUGUGGUAAAAACCUGAUUUAGCUUGUCAGCUAGCUGGUAUGAAGUACUUCGGGCUCUAUUCAAUCCGUAUCGCAGAAGUUCAGUUAUAUCGUGAUUGAAAUUUAAAAGCAAUGUUCCCGCAUUAGCGGUAAACUCUGCAUGUUUGCCUGGCUACCCAAACUCCUUGCUCCAGGUAACUGCUAUGCCACACCCACAUAUGUUUGUUUCUUCUCCGCAAUGAUCUGGAUCUGAGUACCUCCCUGACGAUUUCUAGAACGUAAACAAAAAACUAAACGUGCACCCCUUUGUUCUGAGGAUGGGAAACGCUGUUCUAACCGUUCUGGUCCAGAGCCAGAACACGUGGGUAAUGCAAUGUUUGGAAAUUCGACAUUGGCUUUGAUACUCUAAUUGGGUAGAGAUGAUCCAAUCGCUGAGGACUUUUUGUACAACACCAAAUGACCUCAAUGAUGGUAGUCUCGUACUGAAGUAUGUAGCGAAUGAAAUAAUUCCGUUUGAGCAGUCAGUCAAUGCAUGUCGGCUCAAUCGGAGAUGACCUUUCUAUUGCCUAACAUUGAAUAGAGCCCGUAGUGUUAACUUUUUUAAUCAACGUUUUCCAGUUGAGACGUCUGAGAUCUUGGUGCAGACCAGGGGGUAUUGAAGCUCCCUGGUCGGUUAUGAAUUGUUUAACAGGUUCAGUAGUGUUUUUGUUUACCCUCAACCCCACUCACAACGCUGACCUUGUUUCCAUAUGAUGGAAACUUUGCAAAGCUGUUUUUCAUCAAGUACCACAGCCUUGGAAUGUGAAUGUGAGACAGAACACAGCUUGCGGGAGGAACAUAUUUUCAGUAGAUAACUCCUAUGUAAGAGCGUGUAUAGUGUUUUGUUUUAGAACAUCAGAAUCAUUUGAUCAGCUGGACUUGUGUAUUGGCUGCUAUGUAAUUCAUGAACAAACAUGGUAGGUUAGAUUUACUUAAUAUUUAAGAUUGUAUAGUCUUUGUUUUGUAACAUGUUUCUGUAAAUAAAUAAUUUAUACAGCUAUU